AAUUGAGGAUUGAUUUUUCUUGACAAUAUCACUUCUUCACAAAGCUUAUAUAUUUGAUUUAGACGAAAGCUGAGACUCUGAGAGAGAGAGAGAGAGAGAGAAUGGCGAUGGAGUCGGAUAAUGGAGCUUUCAUGGAGAAAUUCAUACUAGAAGCAAGCUCUUCUUCACCUCAUGAACUUGCCUUAAAAGGACUCACCUUUGCCGUUAAAGACAUAUUUGAUUUGGAUGGAUAUGUUACUGGGUUUGGAAAUCCCGAUUGGGCACGGACCCAUUCGGCUGCCACGUCAACAGCUCCAGCAGUUUUGGCUGUGUUGAGGGAAGGUGCUACAUGUAUAGGUAAAACUGUCAUGGAUGAAAUGGCAUACAGUAUAAAUGGAGAAAACAAACAUUAUGGGACACCCAAAAAUCCAUGUGCACCAGAUCUGGUGCCUGGAGGAUCUUCUAGUGGAUCUGCUGUUGCAGUUGCUGCAAUGCUUGUAGAUUUCUCCUUAGGUACUGACACUGGAGGAAGUGUAAGAGUUCCUGCAUCAUUUUGUGGGAUUUUGGGGUUCCGGCCUUCUCAUGGUGUUGUUUCAACCACUGGGGUCAUUCCUAUGGCACAGAGUUUCGACACUGUCGGAUGGUUUGCUAGGGAUGCAGAGAUCUUGAACCGAGUUGGGCGGGUUUUACUACAGUUGCCUAUUGUGGAACCUGUGAAACCUAGCCAUAUUAUUAUUCCAGAAGAUUGUUUCCAGCUUCUAAGCAUCCCAAGUGAUCGAGUAACUACAGUUCUUGUUAAAUCAGUGGAGCAAUUAUUUGGCUUUAGUGAUGCAGGUCACAUUAUAAAGUAUGCAAGCCUCGGGGACUAUGUUAAGGACAGCGUUCCAACUUUGAAGCAUUUCAUGGUCAAAGGACAUGAAAAUCAAGAAUAUAAUGUCGCAUCCUUGGUAGCCCUCUCAAGUGCACUGAGGCAGCUUCAAAGGCACGAAUUCAAGAAUAAUCAUGGUGAGUGGGUAAGUACAGUCAAACCUGAUUUAGGACCCGGUAUAUCCGAACGUGUGUGGGAAGCGGUGAGGUCAACAGAUGAAAAUAUUGAUGUCUGCACCUCUGUGAAGACUGAACUGCGUGCUGCUCUCACUGCUCUCCUAGGGGAUUUUGGUAUUUUAGCAAUCCCCACAACUCCUGGCCCUCCACCGAAGUUACAGACAGAGCCGACUACGCUGGAAACGUUUCGUGUCGGGGCUUUUAGCUUGUUGGCUGUUGCUGGAGUUUCGGGCUUUUGCCAGGUGAGCAUACCACUAGGGACGCACAAUAAUCUUCCCGUGGAAGUUUCCUUGUUGGCAAAACACGGAUCAGAUGGGUUCCUGCUAAAUCUUGUUGAGACACUUUAUGAAACUCUCAAAAAACAAAUUGAAAUCAUUCAAGAAUAGAGUUACUGAAGUUGGUGACAUGUUAAUAUAGGUUUUAUCUCUUCAGUGCUUCAAUAUAUAAAAAUAGGAUUCGCAGGGAAAACCUAUGCUACACACCCCAUAUGCCCUAGUUAUGAUACUAUGGUAUUUAGUAAUGACAUAUUAUGGUGUUGGUUAUGACUUAGUAUAGUGUUAAUUGUGACUCAUCAUGAGGUUGGUUAUGCCUUAUUGUAGUCAUUAUUUUGAAUAAUUAUUAUUUUGAUUAUGAUCGAAAAUGUCUUUAAUAGCUUA